AGUGCUGAACCAUUGCUUAAGCAUGGUAGUAAGCAACAGGUGCUGGGCCUUGCUGGCCCUCGUAGCUAGUAUCGCCACCGUAGCGCAAGCCUCUACCAUCCGGGACGUUUUGGCGUACCGUGCCGGGGAUGGACCGCAACCGACCGACAUCUCCAAGCUGACGGCCGAAAUCAUCGUCAACGAUGGGUAUCCGGUCGAGGAGCACCAGGUAACGACGGCCGAUGGCUACGUGCUGACGAUGUUCCGCAUCCCCGGCGGUCCCGGCAAUCCGGCACGCGAAGGCAAGAACGUCGCGUUCAUUCAGCACGGUCUGCUCUGCUCGUCCGCCGACUGGGUCAUUCUUGGACCGGGCAAAGCACUCGCCUACAUGCUGGUCGACGCCGGAUACGACGUGUGGCUGGGCAAUGCCCGGGGCAAUACAAACUCCCGCCGCCACAUCUUCCACGAUCCGGAUGCGCGCAAUACGGACUUCUGGGACUUUAGCUGGCACGAGAUCGGCUACUUCGAUCUGCCCGCCAUGAUCGAUUACGCGCUCCAGUACACGGGACAGACGUCGCUCCAGUACGCCGGCCACUCGCAGGGCACUACCUCGUUCUUCAUCAUGACUUCGCUGCGGCCGGAGUACAACGAGCGCAUCCGCUCGAUGCAUGCGCUGGCUCCGGUUGCGUUCAUGAGCAAUCUGCGGUCCCCGUUCGUCCGGGCGUUCGCUCCCUUCGUCGACCAGAUUGAUUGGCUGAUGCGUAUGUUGGGUGUGAACGAGUUCCUGCCCAGCAGCGACAUGAUGACGCUCGGUGGCCAAAUGCUCUGCCAGGAUGAGGCCCGCUUCCAGGAGGUGUGCGCCAACGUGCUCUUCCUGAUUGGUGGAUUCAACUCGCCGCAGCUGAACCGCACCAUGCUGCCGGCCAUUUUGGCCAACACACCGGCCGGUGCCUCCGUUAAUCAGCUGGUCCACUACGCCCAGGGCUACAAUUCGGGCCGCUUCCGGCAGUUCGACUACGGACUGACGCUGAACCUAAUCCGCUACGGUUCGAUCCGUCCGCCAGACUACCCGCUGGACCGGGUGACUGCUCCGGUCGCACUGCACUACGGUGACAACGAUUGGCUAGCGGCCGUGUCGGAUGUACGCCAGCUGCACUCCAGCAUCCGCAACCCGAUCGGACUGUUCCGCGUGUCCGAUCCGGACUGGAACCAUCUCGACUUCACCUGGGGCAUCGAUGCCGACUCGCUGCUGUACCGGCGCGUCAUUAGCUUUAUGGAUCGAUACAACUAAACAGAGCAAAAGGGCAGAAAAGCGAUUGAAAACACGUGUGCAACGAGGCGUACAAAACAGGCUUAGAUAAAACCAAUCUUACGAUAACGACA